AUGUAUCAGUUAUCUAUGGCUCCAGGGAUCGUAGCUCAUUUCAAUACAUACUCAUUGGCUAAAAUGCUACUAUGUAUGUUCCUACCUUUUAAUCAUUUAGAAUUAGGUGAUGCAAGUCAACAAUUUCGUUCAUUGGAUGAUAUAUAUUACUUCGGUGGACAACAAACCUCACCAUAUGAAGUAUUAAUAUCAAGCAAAGAACAUGGUUUAUCUCCUGGUGAUUUAGUCCACUUCCAUGGUAAUCAUUGGAAUGGUUACGCAAAGGUUGAAAAAUUGAAUACUAAUCGUAAAGUAAUGGCACCAGCAUUUAAAUUCUCUCCAAGAUUAAUAACUGCUCCUAUGAUCGGUGCACACGGAAAUCGGUCUGAAUUUAUUAUUGAUUAUAAAUAA